AUGGAAAAGGACAAUACGAGUUCUUUCGAAGGCUUCAUCCUGGUGGGCUUCUCUGACCGUCCCCACCUAGAGCUGAUCCUCUUCGUGGUCGUCCUCAUCUUUUAUCUGCUGACUCUGGUUGGCAACGUGACCAUCAUCUUGCUCUCAGCUCUGGAUUCCCGGCUGCACACACCAAUGUAUUUCUUUUUAGCAAACCUCUCAUUCCUGGACAUGUGUUUCACCACAGGCUCCGUCCCUCAGAUGCUCUACAACCUUUGGGGCCCAGAUAAGACCAUCAGCUAUGUGGGUUGUGCCAUCCAGCUGUACUUUGUCCUGGCCCUGGGAGGCGUAGAGUGUGUCCUCCUGGCGGUCAUGGCAUAUGACCGCUACGCUGCAGUCUGCAAAGCCCUGCACUACACUGUCAUCAUGCACCCACGUCUCUGUGGACAGCUGGCUUCAGUGGCAUGGUUGAGUGGCUUUGGAAAUUCCCUCAUCAUGGCACCCCAGACAUUGAUGCUACCCCGCUGUGGCCACAGACGGGUGGACCACUUUCUCUGUGAGAUGCCAGCACUAAUUGGCAUGGCCUGUGUAGACACCAUGAGGCUUGAGGCACUGGCUUUUGCCCUGGCAGUCUUUAUCAUCCUGGCACCACUGAUCCUCACUCUCGUUUCUUACGGUUACAUCGCAGGAACAGUGCUCAGGAUCAAGUCAGCUGCUGGGCGGAAGAAAGCCUUCAGCACUUGCAGCUCCCAUCUCACUGUUGUCUCUCUCUUCUAUGGUGCAAUCAUAUACAUGUACCUCCAGCCAGCAAACACUUAUUCCCAGGACCAGGGCAAGUUUCUCACUCUUUUCUACACAAUUGUCACUCCCAGUGUUAACCCCCUGAUCUAUACACUGAGAAAUAACGAUGUCAAAAAGGCCGUGAAGAAGGCGCUAGGGAAAGGGAGCGCAGAAAUAUAGGGAGGGUGAUGAAAUUUUAGGAUUGCCUUCUGACCCAUCUCCUCUCUAUGUUAAACCUAGCAAAUAAAGGAAUGUUUCGGCAUUGCAGACUGAAGAGACAUUUAAUGAUAUGGGGAAUUCAAUGGUUUAGCUAGGUCAAGAAAGUAUGCGCUGAGAGCAGUGGCUCACGCCUGUAAUCCCAGCACUUUGGGAGGUGGGAGUAUUGCUACUUGAGUACAGGAGUUUGAGACCCUCGUGAGCAACAUACUGAGACCCCCAUCUCUACGAAGAAUUUAAAAAGUGAGCCGGGCAUGGUGGUGCAUGCCUAUAGUCCCAGCUACUCAGGAGGCCGAGGUAGGAGGAUUGCCUGAACCUGGGAAUUUGAGGCUACUAUGAGCCACGUUCAUACCACUGCACUCAGCCUGGGUAACAGAGCAAGACUGUCAGAAAUAAAGAAAGAAAAAGACAGACAGAGAUGAAGGCAGGAAGGAAAGAAGGAAGGAAGAAAGGAGGGAAAGAAAGAAGGGUAAAAAAAAUGUAAUAUUCCUCCUGAGUUGACAAUCACUUGUAUUCCUUUCAAAUCCUUCCAAAUCAAGCAUUUACCACCAGAAGGCUCCAAAAUAUUGGCUGUGAAUGUAGACACCAGGUAUUUUUGUUCCUAGUUUUUAUUGCAAUUAUUUAGUAGGUGUUCAACAAUAUAUGAAAAGAAAAAUCUUAGAAGGACUUAGUAGGCCCUCAACAAUAUGUGAACAGAAAGAUUGUCGAAGUAGCACUGAAGAAACACACUUUUUUUUCUGGAAGACUCAAGUGUGCUUUUAUAGUGCUAAAUGCUUGAAUGAGAACCAAAAUAAAUUGUUUAAUUAUCCAGCUUCAGUACCUCCAACACCAUUAUCAACUGUGGAUUCUGGACAUGUUGAAUCUUUUAUGUAAUUGAGUUUAAUGACAUUUAUUUUAGAUUUUUUGCAGUAGAGAAUCAAGAAGAAAAGGAGGUAAAAGCAAGACCACGAGGUGUUUGCUUUAUAUAGAAGGAAGAAUUUCUGGCCGGGCGCGGUGGCUCAAGCCUAUAAUCCCAGCACUUUGGGAGGCUGAGGCGGGUGGAUCACGAGGUCAAGAGAUCGAGACCAUCCCGGUCAACAUGGUGAAACCCCGUCUCUACUAAAAAUACAAAAAAUUAGCUGGGCAUGGUGGCACGUGCCUGUAAUCCCAGCUACUUGGGAGGCUGAGGUAGGAGAAUUGCCUGAUCCCAGGAGGCGGAGGUUGCGGUGAGCCAAGAUCGCGCCAUUGCACUCCAGCCUGGGUAACAAGAGCGAAACUCCGUCUCAAAUAAAAAAAAGGAGGAAGAAUUUCUUGUUACUACUUGAUCCUUGUUAUUGUUACUUGUUAAUGAUAAAAUAGAGUAAGGAGACUUCUUGAUUAAAAUGUUUGAAUAUUA